GCCUGGCACUGAGAGAAGCUGUAGGGCAGCUGGGGGCUCUAGCGAACGGCGCAGCCAGACAGGAUAGCAGGCGGGAGGCCCGCUGAGGCGUCCUGGGCCCGGGGAUCCCCGAGAUGUCAGGAUGGUUGAGUGCGUGGUCGAACUCUGUAAAAGAACGGGCGUGCCGCUACUUGCUGCAACGCUACUUGGGUCACUUCUUGCAGGAUUCCCUCAGCCUGAACCAGCUUAACUUGGAUCUCUACAAGGGCUGCGGUGUGUUGCGGGACAUCCACUUGGAUAUCUGGGCUGUAAACGAGGUUCUGGAGUCCAUAGAGUCACCUGUGGAGCUUGUGGAUGGCUUCUUGCAGUCCAUUGAGGUGGCUGUGCCCUGGGCUGCGCUGCUCACAGAGCAUUGCACUGUGCAGGUGUCAGGCCUUCAGCUCACCCUGCAGCCCCGCCAGGGCCCAGGGCCAGGGGCUGCUGACUCGCAGACCUGGGCUUCAUGUAUGACUACAAGCCUGCAGUUGGCCCAGGAAUGUCUACGUGAGGGGCUGCCUGAGCCCUCAGAGCCACCCCAGCUCCUAGAGGGCCUUGAGAUGUUUGCACAGACCAUCGAGACUGUGCUACGGAGCAUCAAGGUAACCCUCCUGAACACUGUUGUGAGGGUGGAACACUCGCCCAGUGACCGAGAGCAUGGCGUGGCCCUGGAGAUCCAUGUGCAGAGACUGGAGUACUGUGAUGAGGCAUUGCGGGACCCAAGCCAGGCGCCCCCUGUGGAUGUGCAUCAGCCACCUGCCUUCCUGCACAAGCUGCUGCAGCUGGCAGGGAUCUCCCUGCACUUUGAGGAGCUCCCUUCCCAGGCAGAACCACCAAACCUCCCCUUGCAGAUUGGCAGCUGCUCGGGGUACAUGGAGCUGAUAGUGAAGCUGAAGCAAAAUGAGGCUUUCCCAGGCCCCAAGUUGGAAGUGGCAGGACAGCUGGGCUCCCUGCACCUGCUCUUGACCCCGAGACAACUCCAGCAGCUCCAGGAGCUCCUCAACGCUGUCAGUCUCACUGAAUCGGAAGGCCUGGCUGACAAGUUGAACAAGAGCCGCCCACUAGGUGCUGAAGACCUGUGGCUGAUAGAACAGGAUCUGAACCAGCAGCUGCAGGCCGGUGCUGUGGCCGAGCCCCUCAGCCCAGACCCCCUUACAAACCCCCUUCUCAACGUGGACAGCAGCGACCUCUUCUUCUCCAUGGCUGGCCUCACAAGCAGUGUGACCUCAGCUGUCUCGGAAAUGUCCCUCUCCGAUGUCGACCUGGGCUCCUCUGUGCACAGCAACGUGGCCUCCCGCCGGCUCUCUGCCCCUGCCCCAACCCACACAGCAGGAAAGGCAGCCCCCACUCCCUUUCUGGACACCAUGCGUCCUGACUUGCUGUUGAAGAUGACCUUGGGGGGCAUGACCUUGGUCCUGCUCCAAACUUGCGCCCCAUCUUCAGGACCACCUGACCUCACCACCCACUUUUUUGCUGAGUUCGAUGCCACCAAGGAUGGUCCCUUCGGCUCCCGAGAUUUCCACCACCUUCGGCCACGCUUCAAGAAGGCCUGUCCCUAUAGCCAUGUCCGGCUGACAGGCACAGCUGUGCAGCUGUCGUGGGAACUGCGGACCAGUGGUCGGGGCCGGCGAGUGACCAGCACAGAUGUGCACUUCGGGCAGCUGGAAGUGCUGGAGUGCCUGUGGCCCCAGGGCAGCCCGGAGCCUGAGUACACAGAGAUCCUGAGUUUCCCCAGUAACCGGGGCUCCCAGGCCUCAGCUCAGCCCUGCGCCCAUCUGCGCCAUGUACAGACCCUGCGCCACAUGCCCAAGAGCCGGCCUCGGCGCUCUGUCACCUGCCACUGCCACUCAGACCUGGUCCUGGACCUGGCUGACUUCCAGACAGAUGUGGAGCUGGGGGCUCUGGACCGACUCGCUGCCCUGCUCCACCUCACCACUACACCCCCCGAGCCGCCAGCCGGCCUGCUGACAGAGCCCCCAUCAACCACAGAGCAGCAGACAGUGUUUCGGCUCUCAGCCCCCCGGGCCACACUGAGGCUGCGUUUCCCCAUCGCUGACCUGCGGCCUGAACGAGACCCCUGGGCAGGCCGAGCCGUGCGGGCUGAGCAGCUGCGACUAGAACUGAGUGAGCCCCAGUUCCGGUCAGAGCUUAGCAGUGGGCCCGGUCCCCCAGCCCCUACCCGCCUAGAACUCACCUGCUCUGACUUGCAUGUCACCUAUGAAGAUGGAGAGAAGCCACCCGUCCCCUGCCUGCGUGCCUCCAAAGCCCUGGACCCCAAGAGCCCUGGCCGCAAAUACUUCCUGCCCCAGGUAGUGGUGACUCUGAAUCCCCAGUCCAGUGGCACACAGUGGGAGACGGCCCCACAGAAGGCAGAGGACCUAGAGCUGUCCACCGAGAGCCCGUGUGAGCUUCGGGAACCCGAGCCCUCACCAUUCUCCUCCAAGAGAACCAUGUAUGAGACAGAAGAGAUGGUGAUUCCUGGAGACCCUGAAGAGAUGAGGACAUUCCAGAGCCGGACCCUGGCACUAUCUCGCUGUAGCCUGGAAGUGACCCUGCCCAGUGCCCAUAUCUUCCUUCCCAGCAAGGAGGUCUAUGAGAGCAUCUACAAUAGGGUCAAUAAUGACCUGCUCAUGUGGGAGCCUGCGGACCUGCUCCCCACCCACGGGCCUACCACUCACCCCUCUGGCUUCCUUGGCUCCCCGGGCCUCUGGCACGACAGCUUCAAGAUGUGCAAGUCUGCCUUUAAGCUGGACUCAGACUCGGAGGAGGAAGAUGUGCAGUUCUUCUCUGUGGGGGCAGCAGGUGCCCCCCAGGCUCGUCCCCGGGAGCCCCCGCGCCGUCAGUCCCAGAGCACCUUCUCCACACUGGUGACAGUGCUGAAGGGUAGAAUCACAGCCCUCUGUGAGGCCAAGGACGAGAGUGGGAAGCGGCUGGAGGGCACACACGGCGAGAUGGUGCUGGACGUGGAGACUGGCACCCUCUUCAGCGUCUCCCAGUACCAUGGCCAGCCAGGGCUCGGCUACUUCUGCCUAGAAGCUAAAAAGGCGACCCUCUAUCACAAAGCGGCUGUGGAUGACUACAUGCUGCCUGGUCACCUGCAUCUGCCCAGCUUUGCCCCCCCGGCACACCUGGCCCUGACCAUCUACCCGUCUGAGGAAGGAGUGAUUGAGCAGGGAGGCUCAGGCCACAAGGGUCAGAGCCAAGGUGCCCCGAUGCUGACCGCCGCUGUGCGCAUCCACUUGGACCCUCACAAGAACAUCAAGGAGUUCCUGGUGACACUAAGACUGCACAAGGCCACCCUGCGACACUACAUGUCCCUUCCUGAACAGAGCUGGCACUCACAGCUGUUGGAUUUCUUGGACGUGUUGGACGACCCUGUGCUGGGCUACCUGCCCCCGACGGUCAUCACCAUCCUGCACACACAUCUCUUCUCCUGUGCUGUGGACUACAGGCCCCUCUACCUCCCCGUGCGUGUCCUCAUCACCGCCGAGACCUUCACGCUCUCCAGCAACAUCGUCAUGGACACAUCUACCUUCUUGCUCAGGUUCAUCCUCGAUGACUCUGCUUUGUACCUGUCUGACAAGUGUGAGGUGGAGACACUGGAUCUCAGGCGAGAUUAUGUCUGUGUCAUGGAUGUUGACCUUCUGGAGCUAGUGAUCAAAACCUGGAAGGGGAGCACAGAGGGCAAACUGAGCCAGCCACUGUUUGAGCUGCGCUGCUCCAACAACGUGGUGCACAUACACAGCUGCGCUGACUCCUGCGCCCUGCUGGCCAACCUGCUGCAGUACGUAAUGAGCGCGGGCGACCUGCACCCCCCGCCCCAGCCCCCCAGCCCCAUGGAGAUCGCCGGCCAGAAGGUACAGCUCUCCGAGAGCCCCGCCUCACUGCCGCCCUGCCCCCCGGCGGAGACAGCGCUCAUCAACCAGCGGGACCUGACCGAUGCGCUGCUGGACACAGAGCGCAACCUUCGGGGGCUGACACAGUCUUCAGGUGACCCGCUCCCUCAGGCCUCGCCCGUCUCUGUCUACCUGUUCCCCGGGGAGCGGAGUGGGGUACAGCCCUCUUUGCCCCCUUCUGGGGGCCCUGCCAGCAGCUUAGGGUCCUGCUCCAAGGCCACGGAUGAUGACAAGGAAGAGGAGGGGGACGGAGACACCCUGGACAGUGACGAGUUCUGCAUCCUGGACGCGCCUGGCUUGGGCAUUCCACCCCGAGACGGCGAGCCUGUGGUGACGCAGCUGCACCCAGGCCCCAUCAUCGUGCAGGAGGGACACUUUUCCCGGCCACUGGGCAGUACAGACCUGCUGCGGGCACCUGCCCACUUCCCCAUGCCCAGCAGUCGUGUGGUGCUACGUGAGGUCUCCCUGGUCUGGCACCUCUAUGGCGGCCGAGACUUUGGCCCCCACCCUGGCCACAGAGCAAGAGUUGGCCUUGCAGGCCCUAGGGGCUCCCCUUCCCGCUCUUCCAGCUCCAAACGGCCCCAGAACUCAUGGAGAACGCAGGGUGGCAGUGGGCGACAGCACCAGGUCCUCAUGGAGAUCCAGCUGAGCAAGGUGAGCUUCCAGCACGAGGUAUACCCAGAGGAGCCGAUGGCGUACCCCGCCCCAGGCCAGGAGGUGGAGGAGCGGCCACUGUCGCGCCAGGUGCUCAUCGUGCAGGAGCUGGAGGUCCGAGACCGCCUGGCCUCCUCACAGAUCAACAAGUUCCUGCAUCUGCACACGAGCGAACGGCUGCCUCGCCGCACCCACUCCCAUAUGCUCACCAUCAAAGCGCUGCACGUGGCCCCUACCACCACCCUGGGCGGCCCCGAGUGCUGUCUGCGCAUCUCAUUGAUGCCCCUGCGGCUCAAUGUGGACCAGGACGCCCUUUUUUUCCUCAAGGACUUCUUCACCAGCCUGGCGGCUGGCAUCAACCCAGUGGCCCCAGGGGAGGCCUCAGAAGCGUGGCCUGAGACCCGGGGCCGGCCGGGCAGCCCCCUGGAAGGACAGCCCAAGGGCCCGCAGAUGGUUGGCACACAGGAGGGCGCUGGUGGUGGACAUGGCCCUACCGAGCAGCAGCCCAUCUACUUCAGGGAGUUCCGCUUCACGACCGAAGUGCCCAUCUGGCUGGAUUACCAUGGCAAGCACGUCUCCGUGGACCAGGUGGGCACCUUCGCAGGCCUCCUCAUCGGCCUGGCCCAGCUCAACUGCUCCGAGCUGAAGCUCAAGCGGCUCUGCUGUCGCCAUGGGCUCCUGGGCGUGGACAAGGUGCUGGGCUACGCACUCAAUGAGUGGCUGCAGGACAUCCGAAAGAACCAGCUGUCUGGCCUGCUGGGAGGCAUCGGGCCCAUGCACUCUGUCGUCCAGCUCUUCCAAGGCUUCCGGGACCUGCUGUGGCUGCCCAUUGAGCAGUACAGGAAGGAUGGGCGCCUCAUUCGGGGGCUGCAGCGCGGGGCUGCCUCCUUCGGCUCCUCCACGGCCUCCGCUGCCCUAGAGCUGAGCAACAGGCUGGUGCAGGCCAUCCAGGCCACUGCUGAGACGGUUUAUGACAUCCUGUCCCCGGCAGCGCCCGUCUCCCGCUCACUGCAGGACAAGCGCUCGGCGCGGAGGAUGCGCAAGGGCCAGCAGCCCGCUGACCUCCGGGAGGGCAUGGCCAAGGCCUACGACGCUGUGCGAGAGGGCAUCCUGGACACGGCCCAGACCAUCUGUGAUGUGGCGUCGCGCGGUCAUGAACAGAAGGGGCUGACCGGCGCCGUGGGGGGCGUCAUCCGCCAGCUGCCCCCCACCGUGGUGAAGCCGCUCAUUGUGGCAUCAGAGGCCACGUCCAACCUGCUUGGGGGGAUGCGCAACCAGAUCCUGCCCGAUGCCCACAAGGACCAUGCCCUCAAGUGGCGCUCAGAGACGGCCCAGGACUGAGCGCGGGCCCUGACCACCGUGCUGGCCCAGCCCAGGCCGCCACCCCAGGGCCACACGCAGGCCCCAGGACAGCCACUGUGAAAGAUACUUGCUCGUUGCCAAUUGGUUGUAAGAGUGGGGCCUCAGCCUCGUUUGUACUUUUCCUCUGGGGAGAAGGAUGCUGCCCUGCCCGCCACCCGGGCGCUGCUGCUGCCUUGACCCAGGACAGAGGCUUUUGGACCCUCAGGUCCAACCCCACUCAGCCAAGUGUCUGUCUUCCCGGGGAGUUGGGGACAGAUGCCGAGGGGGCGUCGGCGUGUUAUUUUUAAAGUCCACGAGGGCGUGGGUCAGUGUCUGCAUGAGUGGAAUAAACUGCCCGCCGCCGGCCCUG